AUGAAUGCGGUAAGAAUUUUUACUAUAAUAACUGCUUAUCAUGUGUUGUUUAGCCAUAAAUGCUCACAAAAACUCUUUGAGACUAUACCUUCUCGACUUGGCCGUGUAAGGGACAUGGUUCUGGGCUUCAUCGUCAGGCAUUCUCCUUUACUCCUCCAGCGUUUGGUCAUUCAGUUAUGCCCUCCGUCCUGGCUUGUCAGCCUCUCGAAAUAUACUGGAACUUAUGAUGGCUACUGUAUUACUCCAUGUGUCUUAUCUCUUUCUUCUGACAUUGUGGUCCAGUAUGGAAUUGGAAUAACAAGCAGUCGGGCUGCAAUGCAGGAGUACGCAUACAAGCGUGUGGAUCAAGCUGUAGUCCGCAUCCCCAAGGUCUAUCGAUUUUUCAUGUACCGCUCAGCCAAUCGUUCAUGCUCUUAUGGGUAUUUAUUUAUGGAGUAUAUGAAAGGAAAGACUGUUCUUGAGCUUGAUGAAGCUACAGAAAACAAUGAAGCUAGUACUGCUUUAACAAAGCAGAUAUCUGGCAUUGCUGUUCAUCUUCUGUCAAUCAAGGCCCCAGAUGGAACACCACCUGGUCCGGUAAAUGGUGCUCCUCCUGAUGGAUAUUUGUGGGGAGAUGAUGGUUCAGACACUGCUUUUGCUUCCGCCGCUGAUUGGAAUACAUGGCUAAACAGAAGGCUUAAAAUAAUAAACAAGUCCAUUGACAUCAGUCCAUACUAUCCUCUUGUGAUAUGCCAUGGUGAUUUUGUUCGCAGAAACAUCAUUGUUCUAGAUGAUAACAAGGAUUCAAAAACCAACAGGAAUUAUAGCUAUGAAGGAAGACAACUGGCCUUAGUUGAUUGGGGCUUUGCCGCACUCUUGCCUCGGAUGUGUGAAUUUGCGUCAAUGUUUAGUUAUAAUGAUGAAGGGGGAUAUCAAUAUACAUUGAACCUGCUCCAGGCUACUAAGGAUGAAAUAGGAGGGCUGACACAGGAAGAGGAGGAAUGUUUCAAACUGCUUGUCAGUGCACGAGCAAUGUGCUUGAGAUAUACUAGAUUGUAA